AUCCCCUUGGCGCGAGGAAUGUAGCGACGGAGCGCUUUAAAAAUAGCAUCCUCUCCUCUGACAGCGCAGCUCCGCAGACUCCGCAGCACUGAGCUGCGAGGAGGGGGAAUGCGAAGAUGGCUGCAGACUUGGGAGAGCUGUUGGUCCCCUACAUGCCCACCAUCCGAGUCCCCAGAACCGGAGACAGGGUCUUCAAGAGCGAGUGCGCCUUUUCGUUCGACUCCCCCGAGUCUGAGGGAGGCCUCUAUGUGUGCAUGAACACAUUCCUGGGCUUUGGUCGGGAGCACGUAGAGAGGCAUUAUCGCAAAACUGGGCAGAGUGUUUACAUGCACCUGAAACGUCACGUCAAAGAGAAAACCACAGGAGCUGCAGGCGGUGCCAUCCCCAGACGAAGAAAUGGAAAAGUAUUUCUAGAUUUAGAGCUUAACCGUGAUUUUAAUGGUGAGGACUUUGAAUAUGAGGAUGAGGCCAAGCUCGUCAUUUUUCCAGACCACUUCGAGAUCCCUUUACCAAAUAUUGAGGAGUUACCCGCUCUGGUGACUAUUGCUUGUGAUGCAGUUCUCAACGCGCCAUCAGCUUACAAGAAGCAGGAGCCCGAGUCGUGGGAGGAGGAGAUCCAGGUCUCCAGACACGCCCGAAGCCUGAGACAGCUGAAUAAUGGGGUGCGGAUCCCUCCCAGUGGCUGGAAGUGUCAGAAAUGCGAGAUGAGAGAAAACCUGUGGCUCAACCUGAAAGACGGGGCGGUGCUGUGUGGGAAGUGGUUCUUUGAUGGGAGCGGGGGCAAUGGCCAUGCUCUGGAGCACUACAAAGAAACCAACUACCCGCUGGCAGUCAAACUGGACACCAUUACCCCAGACGGAGCAGAUGUUUAUUCGUUUGAGGAGGAAGAAGCUGUUUUGGACCCACAUAUAUCAGAGCACCUAUCACACUUUGGAAUAGAUAUGCUACAAAUGCAGAAAAGAACAGAGAAUGGACACCACACAGAAAAUAACUCGCGAUUGCGGGUCAGUGAAUGGGAGGUGAUCCAGGAGUCUGGGAUGAAGCUGAAGAUGGUGUAUGGUUCUGGGUAUACGGGCAUCAAGAACUUAGGAGACAGCUGCUACCUGAGCACAGUAAUGCAGAUCCUCUUCAGCGUCCCUGACUUUCAGAGGAUGUUUGUGGGUAAUCUUCAGAGGAUAUUUGACUAUUCGCCCCUGGACCCCACCCAGGACUUUGCAACACAGAUGGCUAAACUGGGACACGGGCUGCUCUCAGGCCAGUACUCCAAACCCCCCAUGAAAUCUGAGCUCAUUGAACAGGUGAUGAAAGAAGAACACAAGGUAUUAAAUGGGCAGCAGCAGAGGGGCAUCUCUCCUCGAAUGUUCAAAGCUCUGGUGAGCAAAGGACACCCGGAGUUUUCCUCCAACCGGCAACAAGACGCCCACGAGUUCCUCCUGCACAUCAUCAACCUGGUGGAGAGGAAUAGCACAGGCUUGGAGAAUCCCAGCGACAGCUUCCGUUUCCUGGUGGAGGAGCGGAUUCAGUGCUGUCAGACUCGCCGCGUUCGUUACAGCCAGCGAGUCGACUACUGCAUCCAGCUGCCGGCUCCCAUCGAGGCAGCGACCAAUCGAGAGGAGCUGCUGGCCUACGAGGCCAAGCGGAAAGAAGCUGAGGAGAACAUGGGGACUCCUCCUGAACCAGUUCGGGCACGGAUUCCUUUCACCGCCUGCUUACAGGCCUUCACAGAACCAGAAAAUGUCCCGGACUUUUGGAGCUCAGCGCUGCAGGCCAAAUCAGCUGGAGUCAAAACGUCCCGUUUUGCCUCUUUUCCGGAAUAUCUGAUUGUGCAGAUCAAGAAAUUCACAUUUGGAGUUGACUGGGUGCCGAAGAAGCUCGAUUUAACCAUCGAUGUUCCAGAUUUCUUGGAUCUGAGCCGGCUCCGAGCCACGGGGCUGCAGGCAGACGAGGAGGAGCUGCCGGACCUCAUGCCUCCCAUAGUUCUGCCUGAAGACACCAGAGAAAACUCUAUGAGCUCUACAGACUCUCCAGAGAUGGAUGAGACGGCAGUGAUGCAGCUGGCGGAGAUGGGCUUUCCACUGGAGGCCUGCAGGAAGGCGGUGUACUACACAGGAAACAUGGGACCUGAAAUGGCUUUUAACUGGAUCAUAGCACACAUGGAGGAGCCAGACUUUGCAGAACCUCUUACUUUGCCCUCCCUGAUGGAUCCUGGCCCCUCCACCAGUGACGGCCCAACAGGCGCCACCCCCAUCGGAAACUCCCCUCCUGAGGAGAGCAUUGCCAUCCUAACAUCGAUGGGCUUCCCUCGAGCUCACAGCAUCCACGCCCUUAAAGCAACGAAUAAUAAUCUCGAACGAGCUCUUGAUUGGAUCUUCACUCACCCAGAGGAGGAGGAGACUGACGCCCUCUCAGACAUGGCAGACACUGAGCCCAAUGACAACGCCUUCUCCAGCGUUAAUUCACACAGUGACAACACGCUAUCUCCAGACAGAGAGGGAUCAGGCUCCCGAGUCAAAGACGGACCUGGACGGUACGAGCUCUUUGCCUUCAUCAGCCACAUCGGAGCAUCCACCAUGUCUGGGCAUUAUGUCUGUCAUAUCAAAAAGGAGGGGAGGUGGGUGAUCUACAAUGACCACAAAGUGUGUUUGUCAGAAAGACCUCCAAAAGACUUGGGCUACAUCUACUUUUACCAUCGACUGUCUAGCAGUUAAAGUCUCGGCCCCCUUCCUUCCUUCUUCCCUGCAAUCUUUAUAUAACCUGUCUUCCAUCCAGAAGAGUGGCAGAUGACUACAAGAACAACUGCAGUGGAAAUCAUGGAAAACUCACAAACCAGCUGCUUGCCUUAUCAUCAUGUCAUUCUGCAGCAACCACAAACUGGUCAGAAAGGGAAGGCAGUUUGCUUUUUUGUGCAUUUGUACUAUGUUUUUUGCUUUAAAUGUAUAUAUUUUUAUGUUUAAAAAAAAGGAAGCUUCUUGUUACUGCAGGUAAAGAGGGAUGCGUGCAAUUUCUACUUCUGGAGCAAUCUGGACACAAAUGACACAACAUAUCAAAUAGGAUUGUUCCUCCUAUUUACCUUGAGCUACUGUGCAGCACCUUCAAAGUGCAGAAUUUUAUAAAUGUACUCUGAAACAGUAGUGCUUCACUGCCAGUCCCUAAAAAAAUGAAUAAAAAAAGCUCAGAAACAGCAGAUAAGAAGUCACUUCAAUGCUGGAUGGCUGUGCGUUUUACACUCAUACGCAAAGGGUCUUUUUCAUUACAAUAAAUCCAACACAUUUGGUGUGAUACAGAGAAAAUAUUACCACAUUUAGAUUUCAGAGGGAUAGAAAAGAUGUAAAAGGAUAAAAAGGUUGGAGUGUGAAUGUACAGUAUUACCUAGUAACACUGCCCUAUUCACUAUGAGGGUAAUGUGCAAGUUUCGAACUUUAACUUUAAUAAUUACAUUUUUGUGUAAUUAUGAACUGGGUGAGUUGUUAAGUUAAACGUUUCAUUUCUUUCAACCACUUUCUCACUAUGAAAAGUGGAGAUUCUGUGCCUGGUGCUGUAAAACUGAGUAUGAUAACAUACAAUCACCACUACAAGCAACUGAAUGUCAGUUUAUUUAUUUUUUUCUUUUCUUAUUUUUUUUUUAACAUAUGUUAAUCUAUUAAUCCCAAUAUUGCUUUUAACCAUCCUAAAACCUGGCGUCCACAUGCUUGAACAUCACAUUUUGGAUUAUAUUCCUGCACUAGUUAAUUUUGCUUAACUCUACGUGUGUAGAGAGUAAAUAUUAGCUCAGGACUUAAGAGGCUAAAUAAUAUCUAAUUUAUUUAGAUAUGGCUUUCAUAUUCUCCUUUCAAUUUAUGUUUUUUUUUAAUUUGACAGCAAGUUUUUUUUUUAAUCUUGUAAAAAUGCAUCUGUUUAUUUUAUUAUUUUGGCCGAUUAAAAACUUCUCGUUCUAGCUAUACAUUGACUCAAAGAUGCACCUGCUGUAGUUUGGUUGCUUUAUCACCUUGACAGAUUCAGACUGUGACCUAAAAGGUAAAACAAAUGUUUUUCUUUGACUUGUUGCCAGUUUUCAGGUCAGUCGAUUCAUUUAUGCACCUGAACCUUUAUUCAUAUCUGGCGCAUGCACUACAACCGGAACCACUGUUGAACUAACAGCAUCGUGAAAGCUGCACAGCAACCUGUAACGCCUCCGCCCUUUACGUAGAAACACAUCUUGUGCAGAGUUGAAUGUAUAAUAUCUGUUACGGUGCUCUCUAAAUCUCCACCUCAUAUCGUUAAAGCCUUAGAAGCCACCAUGAACAUCUCUGGAUUUACCCAGCAUCCUCGUAUCCUACUUUCAAUUAUAGAAAGAUUUCGGUAGAAUGUCUUUGUUUGUCACAUGCUAAAAAUCGAGAUAUAUCCGAAUCACAGUCCUUAAAAGGUUUUAUUUGCUGCAUUUUUGACAUAAAAUAAAAACAAACUUUAGUUUUAGAACACGACGUUGCUGCGUGAUCAUACUGUCUGUCAAUCAUUCUAAGAAAACACUGUCGGCAAACGUAAAAAAAAAAAAAAACAACAAAAAAGAAAAGUGGUUUAUCUUGACUCCAGCUGACAAAGCAAUCUACUCCUGACAAAGAAAAGUCAUAGUUGUGUGAGUCACAGAUUAAAAUAAAUGUUUUUUGUUUUUAAAUAAAAGUAAUGCAAUGUUUGUUUAGACAUUUAAAGGCAGUGGAGGUCAAAUAAGUAUUUACUUUGCAGAAUAAAACUACUGUUAUGCAGUUUUCAAAAGUUGAACCUUAGUUUAAACCUAAAUGAUUGCAGUGUUUGCUUUCUAUGCAAUGGGGAUACUGUCUGUAUGCAAGUCUUGUGUUUCUGCUUGUCAUCAUUAGCAAUGAUGAUCCUGCUCUUGUCUCUCUUAAGGCCGUGUCACACGGCCACUAUGUACAUUUUGCGCAUUUUCCACGUAUGAAAUUUGAAAUGUCUUUGGUGAUACAUGCGUGAUAGACGUAAUUCAUGAGUGAUUGUUGCGUUCAUCAUUCGUUGAUGUGCGCAGAUGUCUGUCGAGGGUUUCAACCGACGGGUCUUGACGCAUCUGUGAAGAUUUCAUGUAAAGACCACAACUUUUCUGACUUUUUCCACGUACGUUCAUCCAUGCAAUCAGCGCAAGAUGUACGUAGUGGCUGUGUGAGAUGGCCUUUAAGUCUUCAUAAAAGUGUUCAGAACUCUUGUUUUCUCUCAUCCUCUCGGUUUUCAUCGUGGCGUGUUGCAGUUUUUUUUUUCAGCCUUUCCUUCCAGUUUGUUCUCUUCCAUUUUUGGUUGGGUUUGUCCACAUGUGCACUAGCCCUUGACAUUCAGUUAUCUGGAUUAAACAGUUGUACUAUUGCAGGUUUUGCUCUUUUUUACCUUCCAUUUAAGAAAAUGUCAGUCCACUUGUUUUUACUCUGCUGGCCUUUUUGCAAAACAAUUUUGUGCCAUUUUCCUUAGAUUAUUUGAAGUUGACUUGUAUAAAUAAGGUAGUCCAAACAUGGUUUCAAUGUAUGUGAAUCGGAGAAGUACAGUACACCCCCUGGCACUGUUCACUCCAUCCUGUUCGGAUAACUCAAUAAACAGAGACUUGGAUCCAGCCUUUUUACUGUUGAGUAAAAA